AUGGUCACCAAGACGGUCAUCGCCCUGGGGCUUCUGGCCACCUUCUGUGCUGUAGCCAUGGCCGCCCCUGAACCCGGUGGUAGAUAUGGUGGCGGGGGCGGUGGAGGUGGUGGUGGUGGACAUGGUGGCGGCGGAGGAUAUGGUGGUGGAGGAGGACGUGGAUUUGGAGGUGGAGGCGGCGGAUACGGUGGUGGUGGUGGAGGUGGACAUGGUGGCGGCGGAGGAUAUGGUGGUGGAGGAGGCCGUGGAUUUGGAGGUGGAGGCGGCGGAUACGGUGGUGGUGGUGGAGGUGGGCAUGGAGGUGGCGGCCGUGGUGGUGGUGGUGGUGGUUAUGGCGGCUACGGAAAGUAA